UGGCGGAGCGGUGGAGGCGCGGCUCCUUUAAAUCUGCAGCGAAUGCGCCGGCGCUGCUGUGGAAAGGUUUGGUUAUUGGCUGAUGAAGGAGAUUGUACAUAUAUGAAAUGGCCCCUUUGCCAGGUGCAGAACUAGUGCGGACACCUCUCCAGUUGUAUCGGUAUCUCUUUCGAUGUUGUAGACUGCUUCCCACGGAAAGCAUUCAGCAGCAUUACAUGCAUGCAAUAAGACAGAAUUUUAAGGUUCAUUCGGAUGAAGAUGAUCCAGAACGAAUUCAGCAGAUAAUCAAAAGGGCAAUUGAAGAUGCUGACUGGAUUCUGUUGAAAUAUAAAAAUAUGAAACAGAAGUAGUGAAGACCAAAAGAAAAUAAGACUAGGACCCACACUACAAGCAAAAUAAUGAGGAAGACAAGAUGUUGGCGGGUACCAAACGUGUAAAAUUAAUAGCAUGCAGUGCCUAAAUAUUCAAUUAGUUAUUUAACAUUGAACACUCAAGAUCAGUAGGAACUCUAUCACUGUAAACAUACAAGAAUGUAAAUGGAGAACAAACGUGAAAUAGAGGAAUGGACAGAUGAUUCAGCCUUGGAAUGUAGUCUGUUUCAGACAUUAAUGAGGUGCAUUUUAUAAAUUUUUAUUUUCAGUUUAGAAUAUUUGUAUUUCAACUUUUUUUGAAUUGUGGUGUUACAACUGAUAUCCAUGUUCACACCAAAAUGCAGUUUGUUUUCAGAUCUCUUCUAACCUUGGCAAGAGGUUCAAUGGAGACAUACGAGAUUCAGUGGUAUCUUUAAGUUAUUUUCUCUUGUUAAUCUGAAGUACAGUAAUAAAAGGAAGUGUGUAUUCAUCUGAAUUCAUCCAAAGAUGUUUAAUAUAAAACAGGUACAAGAUAUACGGCAGUCAAUCAUGUUGAUUUAUUAGAUAAGCUAAUGGAUAAACUCUUGAUUUUAUCACAGACGAGGUAUGUUGUGUACCAUUUAUAUAAAAAGCAAUGUGCCAUAUAUUUUUAAAUGUCACACACUCUACUUUACUGAAGUCCUCUUCACUUUUUCUUUGAAGAGUAUUUAUAUGCAAUCUACCAUUUCUGGAGGGCCAGUACCCUCCACCCCAUUUCAAAAGUAUGUACAUUUAUGAUGUAAUUUUUGCAUAAUUUGUGUGAGACAAAAUAGCAGAGAUCUAAAGUGAAAAAAAAGUCAACCUUGUACUGAGAAUGUGUCGUAUCUUUCUCCUUUUUCGAUUUUUUUAAAGUUUAGAACAUUUUGGUUUGUGGAUCAGUGCAGGGAAUGGUACAGUCUUUUUGAAAGUAUCAAAUUCUGCUAAUUUCCCACAAUAAUAACCUGUUUUAUUGCAUACAGUUUGCAUGCAGUUGUUUUCCCUUGCUUUACCAAGACGUAUAAACCAAUUUAAAGCAGUAAUAAGUUCUGGGACCCCAUGAGAAACAAGAGAAAAUCUGCAGAUGCUGGGGCCCCGUGAGCCUGCUCUGCCAUUUUAAACGUUUAUGGCUGACUUGAUGAGAUGCACAGUCUUAUCUAUCUCUGUUAAUAUUUUACCCUGUUCCUUAUCAAGAAUCUAGUUACCUCCACCUUAAGAAUAUUGAAAAUCUCUUCUCACGCUGCCCUUUGAGCCAGAAGAUUCCAAAAAGUUGGCUAAUUUAAAACUUCACCUCAUCUCCAUCAUGGUUACUUGAAAGCGGCUAAUCCUAGAUUAAAACUUUGCACUUCACUUUCUCAGUUUUUUUAAAGUUAUAUACUUACCAGGAUCAUCCAUGGUUAGAGCCAUGUAUAAGUUUGGUUGCUGACCUAGUCAAAAUUCAACAUUCAGUCAUACCACCAGAAUUGGAAUCCUUCAUUGAUAUUUAAAGGAUUGCACUUGUAUGGAAAUUAGUAGUUGUCUGUGUGUAAUAUUAACUUCUAAAGUUCAAAUUCCCAUUAGUUGUGACUAAAAGUUAAAAAUUCUUUUGCUCAAUAUUUCAAUGUUAACGUAAAUUUUUGAGUCCUUGAGUUGGGCUGCUUGUGUGUGCGUGUACACAUUUGCACUGUUCAUGUGAAUCUGUAUCUCUAUUCAAUCAGAAUCAGAUUUAAUAUCAGUGGCUUCUGUCAUGAUAUUUACAGUAUUGACUUUAUGGCAGCAGUACAAUGAAAUACAUGAUAAAUAAAUGUAGAGAAAAAAAGCUGAGUUAGGUCCUCAGUGAUAUUGACAACCAGGAACUUGAAAUUGCUCACUCUCUCCACUUCUGAUUGCUCUGAGGAUUGGUUUGUGUUCCCUUGUCUCACCCUGCCUGAAGUCCACAAUCAGCUCUUGUUUGCUGAUGUUGAGUGCAAGUUUAUUGUUGCCACACCGCUCAAAUAACUGGUAUAUCUUGCUCCUGCAUGCCCUUUCGUUACCAUCUGAAAUUCUGCCAACAGUGGUUGUAUCAUCAGCAAAUUUAUAGAUGGCAUUUGAGCUAUGCCUAGCAACGGGUGUAGGGAGAGUAGAGCAGUGGCCAAAGCACUCAACCCGUCAGUGAGGUGGCAAUCGACACUGGCUCAUCACAAGAAAUGAACGAGACAUGGACCAAUUGGACCAAUUGGACCGAAGUUGACCAAUUAAUCUAGCAUUUGUCAUUCGGUAAAUACUGGAAUAUAUUACCUGGGAGGUAAUCACAGGACAGUUGGAAAGGUCUUAAUUCAAUCAAGCAAAGUCAACAUAGUUUUGCGAAAGAGAAGUGUUAGUUGAGAAACUUGUGGGAGCUUUUUGAGGGUGGAACAUACAGUUUGGAUAAAGGAAAACCAGUGGAAUGAGUCAGUUUGUGGAUUUUCAGAAUCCACUUGAUAAAGUGUUAUGUAAGAAGACACAGCACAAGAUAAGCACACAAAAUUGGGGGUAGGGCUUGGAUGGGGAGUGGCUAACCAACAGAAAAGAGAGUUAGGUAUCCUCAUCUUUUUUUCUAGACCUGAUAAAGGAUCAUGGCCCAAAAUGUCAACUGUACUCUUUUCCAUAGAUGCUGUAGGCCUGCCGAGUUCCUCCGGCAUUUUGUGUGUGUUGCAGAGAUUUGGUUUUGAUGGGUUUUAGGAUGAAAGCUGAUGUGAAAAGAUAUUGACUCAGAAAUUUAAGAUGUAGUAUCACUCUGGCUGGAGCUAAGAAGCAGUAAGGGAUAGGGAACAUAAGACAUAGGAGCAGAAUUAGGCCAUUUAGCUUGUCGAGUCUGCUCCACCAUUUCAUCGUGGCUGAUCCAUUUUUCCUCUCAGCCCCAAUCUCUUGCGCUCUCCCCGUAUUCCUUCAUGCUCUGACCAAUCAAGAAUCCAUCAACUCGUACCUUAACUAUACAUACAGACUUAGCCUCUACAGCUGCCUGUGGCAAAGAACUCCACAGAUUUACUACCCUCUGGUGAGGAGGAAAUCCUUCCUCAUCUCCAUUCCAAAAGGACGACCCUUUAUCCUGAAGCAGUGUUCCCUGGACUUAGACUUUCCUGCCAUAGGAAACAUGGUCUCUACUCUAUCAAGGCCUUUCACCAUUCGAUAGGUUUCAAUGAGGUCACGUCUCAUUCUUCUGAAUUCCAGUGAAUACAGACCCAGAGUCAUCAAGCGCUCUUCAUAUGACAAGCCGUUCAAACCUGGAAUCAUUUCUAUGAAUCCCCUUUGACCCCUCUCCAGUUUCAGCACAUCCUUUCUAAGAUAAGGGGCCCAAAACUUCUCACAAUACUUCAAGUGAAGCCUCACCAGUGCUUUAUAAAGUCUCAACAUUACAUCCUUGCUUUUAUAUUCUAGUCCUCUCGAAAUGACUGCUAACAUCACAUUUGCCUUCCUCAUCACAAACUCAACCUGCAAAUCAGAAUUUUGUAUUUUCUCUCCAUUUAGAAAAUAGUCAACCCUUUCAUUUCUUCGACCUAAGUGCAUAACCAUACACUUCCUGACACGGUAUUCCAUCUACCACUUCUUUGCGCAUUCUUCUUAUCUAUCCAAGUCAUUCUGUAGCUUCUCCACUUCCUCAAAAUUGCUCCCAACACUGACGUCUGUGGAGCACCACUGGUCACUGGCAGCCAACCAGAAAAGGCUCCUUUUACUCCCACUCAAUGGGAAUUAUCAAUGGUAAUA